GGGCCCAAGAAACGUAAGUCAAUGGCAACUGAAGAGCCUCACAAUCCUCAUGACAUGUUUGAGCUGCAAAUCCAAGGUGUGCACAGGAGGUUGUCAUGGCAUUUAGUUGAAUCACAGUGCUAUUAUUGUGUAAUGUGAAGGGACCCCAGGAUGGGCAAUUUACCCCUUUGUUAAGUUGCCAGAGCCCCUCCUGUACUGUUUAACAUUAACAAUUGGCCAUAUUUCAAAAAAAGAAGCGGACUUCCAACCUGUUUGGUUUUCUUUUCCUUUUGAAGGGGUGUUUUUUGGCAAUCUGUGUAGCCUCCUUAAAUGCUCUUGGGCUGAAAAUUGCCCCAGGAUCUGCUAUAGUUGCCCACUCCUGGCUUUAAACUAAUGAAACAGAUCUGGAAGUAAUGAAGCCUUUAAUAGAAGAAGAACAGGAUUCAGAGAGUGAUGACGAACAGAAAAGUAAAUUGCUGCCAGCUGAGAAGAAAUAUCAGCUUGAUGAUCAAGAAAGUAUUACGUUUGUCCAAACACUCACACAUCUAUUGAAAGGAAACAUUGGAACUGGACUUCUAGGGCUUCCGCUUGCAAUAAAAAAUUCAGGCAUUGUGCUUGGACCAAUCAGUCUUGUGUUUAUUGGAAUUGUGUCAAUUCACUGUAUGCACAUUUUGGUACGUUGUAGCCAGCAUUUUUCCCAGAGGUUGAAAAAGUCUUCCUUAGGGUAUAGCGACACAGUUAGCCAUGCAAUAGAAUUUGGGCCUUUUGACUUGCUCCAGAAACGAGCCCAUUGGGGAAGGCAUAUUGUCGACUUCUUCCUUGUGGUGACACAGUUGGGCUUUUGUAGUGUUUAUAUUGUGUUCUUGGCAGAAAAUACAAAACAUAUUUAUGAAGGGUUUGUAGGAACCAAAUCUGGUGCUGUGAAUAUCACAGGAAUGCCUAGAUCUUCAGAGAAAAGUUCCAUGGAUCUGCGACUAUAUAUGUUGUGUUUCCUUCCAUUUAUAAUCCUCUUGGUCUUCAUCCGUGAUCUGAAGAGGUUGGCCGUGCUGUCAUUCCUUGCAAAUCUGUCCAUGGCUGUUAGCCUUGUGAUUAUUUAUCAAUAUAUUAUUUGGAGUUUGUCCACUCCUCAUAAGCUGACUUUGGUGGCGAACUGGAAGAAGUUUCCCCUCUUCUUUGGGACAGCUAUAUUUGCAUUUGAAGGCAUAGGAGUGGUACUUCCACUCCAGAACAGGAUGAAAGAUACUGAACGUUUCCCAUUGGCACUCAACAUUGGCAUGGGGAUUGUGAUGACCUUGUACAUCUCUCUGGCCACUCUUGGCUAUAUUCGCUUUGGAGAUGAAAUCAAAGGCAGCAUCACAUUGAAUCUGCCGCAAGAUCGGUGGUUGUACCAACUGGUCAAGAUUCUCUAUUCCUUUGGGAUCUUUGUGACCUAUUCAAUUCAAUUCUACGUUCCGGCUGAGAUCCUCAUUCCAUGUGUUGCCGCUAGAGUGCAGCAGAAGCUGACACUGGUCUGUGAGUUUGCACUGAGGGCAUUUUUGGUCUGCUUAACAUGUGCUCUAGCCAUUUCGAUCCCACGUCUGGAUAUAGUCAUUUCCUUUGUCGGAGCUGUAAGCAGCAGCACUCUAGCUUUGAUUUUGCCACCAUUAGUGGAAAUCUUCACUUUCUACAAGGAGAAACCAAGUGCCUGGCUAAUACUGAAAGACAUUUCUAUAGCCUUCCUCGGCGUGAUCGGUUUUUUAACUGGCACUUACGCGACUAUUGAAGAGAUCAUUUGUCCUUCUUCCUUAGCUUCCAUCAACGCUACGGGCACAUGUUUCAAUGCUUCACGGUUGGCUGUGGAUGCCAAUUAAUGUUUGGACAACAAAGACUCUCUCAAGUUUGUUAGUAUAUUUGGAUAUAUUUGAGAACCAAAGUGGAUUACUGGGAACCUAAAUCUACUCCUGCCUAAAAUCUAAGAUAAAGUUUUCUUCUUUCCUUUGUUUUCCAAUAUCUCCUCACCAUUCCUUCUAGUGAAGAACAUUAUUUUGAACCAAGAUAACAUUCUGUGUGUGUUUCUCCAAAUGGGACCAGAGAGCAAAAUACUACUCGAUAUCAUAGAUGACCAGCACCAACUAUGAUGUCUUCUCCAUCAACUUGGAGAUGGGAUCAGCUCAAUAGAUUCCUUAGAAUCUGAACCUGAACCUACUUCUUCCCAAGGUCCAAGAUAAAGUUCUCUUCAUCCCUCUAUUUCCCAGUAUCUCCACACCGUUCCUUCUAUUGAAUAACACUAUUUAGAAGCAAGAUAACUUUCUGCUUGUGUCUUUGCAAAUGGCACCAGAGAGCAAAACACUAUCACAGAUGAUCAGCACCAACUACGACAUCUUCUCUGUUACCAGUUCUUAGUCUGCUAUGUGACUUCUGUCAGUAUUGCUAACCACCCAGGUUAAUGAGAUAUAUGGAAAAAUAUAGAUGCACUUUUUAUACAAAUUUUUUUUUUGGUUUUAUGGGACUCAAGAGCUCCCUAUGGGUUGUGCUACACAAGUUCCCAGAUUUUUAGUUACUCUUCCUUCCAGCAUUUUCUUUUCCCAUAAAGGUGGAUCACCAUGGAGUGUAAUGGCAUUAACAGCCUCCGUAGCAGGAGGCAAAGAGUGAGAUUGAAUGUGCCUGCAAUUUCUUCAAAUAUCUGAAAAGGUGUAUGUAGCUCUUCAUCACUGUGAUAUAAAUCUACAAAAAUAACCUCUGUUGAGAUGAGAUAUUACGAUUUUUGCUUAGUUUUUUUUUAGUAUAACAAAGCCAUAUUAAUUAAUGGCCACAUCUGUUUUUUAAGCAAAUUUCCCUCCAUCUCGGUCAAUUGCAGCACUACAGAUCUGCAAAAUGCUGUAUUUUUCUAUUUAUUCCUAACUUUACAGAGUAAUUCUAUAUUUGUACUUCAGAUCUGUUUAUUACAAUGGAGAUAUUUCUGCAGAUUUUCAUUUUAAAUAAUUAUACCUGUUACUGUUUUUUCAUCCAUUUUUUUAGAGAAACAAAUUUUGGUAGUUUGUAGAUUUGGAAUGGAUAAUAAUUGAAAGAUUCCACAGGUUAAAUCCAGACUUAGAGAUAAACCACUGAAAUAAGUAAGAUCUAAUUGAGCCAUUAUCAAUUAACUGUAAGUUGUAUGGGUUUCAAGCAUUGCAAAAUUUCAGUCCAACCUAAUAUUUUAACCCUGUUGAAAUGAAAUGAACUUUAAAUCCUAAAUCUUGUUAGUAGUCCUACAUAGAGUAGAUUUUUUGAAUUAGUGGAAUUUUACCUAUGCCUUGACUCACAACUUGAUACAGUGAGUCUAGAUGGGAUUAUGCAAAAAAAAUCAGGUCUAUAUGUUAGUAGGUUCUAAAUAUGAAUCUGAUUUAUUUGCUGUUUUUCUCUUUUGUUAAGACUUGAAACCUUGUGUGCAAAGAUCUUUUACUGCUGUUCUACUUGUACUGAGUGAAAUUUCCUAGAAAUUCAAUUUGUGCAGAAAUUUCAGUGAAUUGAUACCAUUGUACAGUUCAAAUAAAUGUGUUUUGUACAGAAGGAUUUUCUGCGGAUUAUCAGCAGAAUCAAGCAAAACAAUACGUAUUUUGACAUACAAGGUUUUUUACUCUUCAAACAAUGAAGAAGUUGGAGUUUUAGAAAUCUAGGAAAUUUUAUGUUUAUUAUCCAUGCAAAUGUUGAAACACCACAAGUCAUGUUGCUUUGCUUUUAUGACUUUAAUGAUAGCAUCCCAUCUUCCUUAUGACACUAAAGGCCUGUUUGCACCCUAAUCCAUUUGAUUCUGUUCUCCCUCCUUGGGUUCUAAGCUUCCUUGUCCUACAUAUCUGUAGUUUUUAAAUAAAUAUAUAUUAAAAUGAGAAGCGGGGAAGCUCUGUGUAGCAGGACGAUCUGUGUUUAACUGUAUAUGUCCAUUCUGCUCACAAUUCUGGCAAGGGCCGAAUAGUUUCUUUUGCUACACUUCUUCUCAAUGAGAAGUGGAUCUUAGAUGCACCAGAUUUCAGUUGUAUAUAAAACUUCAAUCAUGAUUGCAUCACUCUGUUUACUAUAAGGAGCCUAUGCAACUAUAGCAUUGGCACUAAUAUAUGUAAAUAUACUGUACCAAUAUGUGCAUAGUAGAUAUUUCUCAGUUCACUUUCAAGUUUGUGGUUUCCUACACCAUACUUAUUUCUGAUGAGAUUGUAAAUAGUAAUGUAUUAUGCAUGGCGAUGUUAAAAAAUAUUGGCAAAAGGAGGACACUGUAGCAAUAAUACGUUACCGUCAUGGUUUUCCGUUCAGAAGAAGACCACAAUAUGGAAGCAGAUCUGUAUGUUUUCAAACAUGGAUCUGCUGCAUUCAUGUAUAGCAUGUUUUGCAGUUCAUGAGCCAAAAUCUUUCCUUUGGAGACACCUCUUUCCUCAAACCUGAGAAUGAGCACUUGUUAUCCAGAGAUUAAAAGUACAGACCUACACUUCUGCUCAACAUGUUUAUCUUGAUAUUUAAAUGUAAUCUCCUCCUAUUUUCCACUUGUUUAUGCAGCAGAUUAAUGUUCAGACGCACAGUUCUGCUUCUAUUUUAUCUAGUUUAAUCCUGAAUUUCCUGUAUAUAAUCUCCCUCCCCUAAUGUCUGAUAUAGGUAAUACCAAUUUUAAUUUCCCUUCCUUUGGGGAGUUCUGGCCCUUCUCUGUCCAUCUGCAGGGAGAAUAUGCCACCAUGGAAUCUGCUCGGAUCAUAUGUUCUCUGCCCCACGGUUCGCUCUUGGAGGCCUCCGUGCAGAAUCUGUGCCAAUACGCUGAAGCAUCUGUCUUGGACUAAUGCUUGGCUGAAAGUAGUCUUUGACCCAUACAAAGCUGAUGGCAAUUCAGAAGAUUUGCUGUCCAAAGCCAUGCUUGUUUAGUCCACAAGUGCCUUUUAUAUGCAAACAGAAAAAGAAGAAGAAACUCCCUGAAAAGGUGAAUGUCCAGCGUCCCCACUCUAAAGUGAAGGUAGAUGAUUACGUCCCAAAUGAAUGUCAUUAGCAAGCUGUGGAUUCUGAUUUUUACACUUUGAUAAACUUUGACAUGGUAGACAUCAAAACAAUCAUGCUUGCCUUGUCAAAGUGCCAGGAAGGAUUAAUAGUCUCUCAACUAGCCAUCCCAAUACCCAGCUAGCUAUUGAAAACCUUCUCCUUGUGCCCAACCAUAGCUCUCCAUUUAACUUAUGUCCGGAACAUUAAAAAUGCUAACAGAUAGGACUUGAGGUGACACAAUACAGUGUCUCAAAAUAUUUAAUAUAUGUAUGCAUACUGUAUGUAACCAUGUGUAAAUCCAGUCAAAAAAUCUACCGCAAAAUUUAGGUCUACUUACCUAGGGAUCAAUGUAAGCAUUGUACUUUAAUGCCUAUUAUAAAAGGUACAAUUCCUUUCUUUGCAUAGAAUGUCAUAAGACAAGAGCUUAGUCUAUCCCAGGAGAAUCUAAAAGAAGCCCCGAACCUCGCUACUCUCUCUGCUAAGGUGCCAAUACUGGCUUUUUUUGAUUGCCAGGACAGGAAAAUAGCAGUAGCAGCCGUCCAUCUGAGGUAGUGCUGGUGCUUUCCCCACUCCACAAAAACACACUCAAUUUAAACACAGGUCAUAUCAAAAUCCAUCCAGCCUGCUCUCGACUUAUGCGUGAUGCUGACUUAUACAUUAGUAUAUAUAGUAUUUUUUCUUGUGUUUUCCUACCAUGUAGGAACUUACUACUUCUGAACGGUUGAUUCAAAGCAGACUUGCAGAGGUGCAAUACCUAUAUGUCAAUGGCACUACAGUACUCCUAAUAGCAUUCUGGCAUUUUGUGUUUGGUGUUCAGUGGGGUUAAAAAUGCAAAUAAGAAAAUUUUCCAGAAGGCUAACAUGUCAAACUUUGAGCAGUUGGCAUUUACAAAAUAGAGUUCCAGAGAAUACUUGCCAAAGACUUUUAACUUUAAAAAAACCCUAAACUAAUGAUGCAGUUGGUUUUAAAUGUUGUAUAAAUGAGAAGAGAUGCUCAGAGGAAGACAGCUGGAACUAAUGAAUGAUGCAGAGAUGAAAACAAUGAUAUGUAUUUAAAGGGGCAAUAGGAAUUACCAUUUGUAAACUACACUGGUGGGUGUUCUUAAUUUUUGGAAGCAUAAAAUAGAAUGGAAUUUGUUUAUAUGCAGUAUGUGAAUGUAUUUAAGUAGGUUACAUUUGGGACAUUUUUUAUAUAUUUUAUCCAGAUCUGUUUUCUGUGUAGCCUUUAUCUCAAUAAAAUUUGUAAAACAUC